AUGGCUCGGUCGUCGAGAUCCAAGGGGGAAACUGGAGCUGCCAGGCUGGUCCAAACGUCGUCGUAUCGCAAAGGUCAUGCUGUCUCCAGGCCAAUUGAUCAGGUCAAGCUAAGCUUGGUUGUCGCCGUGUCCGCUGGCGGCUCUGGCAAAGGCUUCAUGCAAGGUGGAAAAGGCAACGAGAGCACUAGGAUGUCCAUUGCCAUCGACUUACUAUUCCCGGUCCGAUUUGACCAAGCGAACGGGCGCACUCAAUAUGUAGGGCUUGUAUCUCUCGCCUGGUGGUCUCGAUGA